UAAAAAAAAAUAAAAAUUCGCACGCUUUCCUCAUUCGUAAUCCCAAGCCCAACGCCCCUUUUCCCUUUCCUCUUCUUCUUCUCCAUUUCUUCACCAAUCUCUUUUCCUUCAUAUUUCUGCAAAAUUCUCAUCGUCUUUUCAUUCUGAUCGCCCUCCUAGCCGCCGCCACCGCCUCCCCUUCCGCCUUGCUGAUUCUUAUCUUCUUCUUCGUCGUUGUUCAUGGAAGCUGGAGUCGAUACGCCUUCUCCGACCGAGAGAAGAGGGGGUUUAGGGAUAUCGGUGGACCUUUCGCCUGGUGAUUCUCUCUUAUCUUCUUCUUCUUCUUCUUCUUCUUCUCAUUCAUCUUGUUCUUCUCCACCGAGAAUUCCGAAGCGACUUCGUCAGAGACUUCUCGUGGAGUGUAAGUCUCCCAGUACUGUGGAGGAAAUUGAGGCUAAGCUUCGUCAUGCUGAUCUUCGUCGUCAGCAACAUUAUGAGAAGUUGUCCAGCAAGGCUCGACCAAAGCCGAAAAGUCCAUCACAUUCUUCUUCUCAGGAGGGAGACCUUGGUCAGCGGCUUGAAGCAAAACUCCUGGCUGCAGAGCAGAAGAGGUUGAGCAUAUUGGCUAAUGCUCAGAAGCGUCUUGCUAUGGUGGAUGAGGUACGACAAGUCGCUAAAACAGUUGUGGAGAGACGUAAAGAGAAAGAGCGUGAGAAGCUUGGCAAGGAAGUUGCAACUCGAGCACAGCAAGCGGAGGCCAAUAGAAUGCUUAUCCUGAAGGCUUACAGGCAGCGAAGGGCCUCACUGAUGGAAAGGUCAUCGAUGUCAUUGGUAAGAAAGAUGACUUGGGAAAAUAAGUACAAGGAGCGAGUGCGUGCUGCAAUUUCUCAGAAGCGUGCAGCUGCUGAGAAAAAACGGCUGGGUUUGUUGGAAGCAGAAAUAAAGAGGGCACGUGCUCGAGUGUUGCAGGCUCGCCGUGUGGCUAAGUCUGUAUCUCAACAACGUGAGCUUGAGAGGACGAAAAUGAAGGAUAAGUUGGAAGAUCGAAUGCAAAGGGCAAAAAGAAAAAGAGCAGAAUACUUGAGGCAGAGAGGAAGGCCAAAUAUAGCUAGUCGAGUAAAUAUUAUUAGGAUGCAAAAACAGGCUGACAUCCUAUCCCAAAAAUUAGCAAGGUGCUGGAGGAGAUUUCUCAAAUUGAGGAGGACUACUUUAACAUUGACUGAAGCAUACAAUUCCUUGAACAUUAAUGGAAUAUCUGUUAAGUCCAUGCCUUUUGAGCAGUUUGCUGUUCUGAUUGAAUCAAGUUCGACUCUCCAAACGGUUAAAGCAUUACUUGAUCGACUUGAAAGCCGCUUGAAAGUCGCUAAGGCUGUUGCUGCUACAAGUUAUUCAUUUAAUUUUGAAAAUAUUGACCACCUCCUCAAGCGAGUUGCUUCUCCUAAAAGGAGGUCUACUCCAAGUUCUUCAAGGAGCAGAAACACAAGAAAAGUAGUAGUUAGGGAGGUACCUAAAAGUAUUGCUAAACCAUCCAGAUAUCCAGUUAGAGUGGUCCUUUGUGCUUAUAUGAUACUGGGUCAUCCUGAUGCCGUUCUUAGUAGUCAGGGACAACGUGAGAUUGCUCUGGCAAAGACUGCACAAGAAUUUGUCAACGAGUUUGAACUAUUGAUAAAGAUUAUAUUGGAAGGGCCAAUUCAGAGUUCGGAUGAUGAAUCAGAAUCUUCACAAAAACAGUGGACCUUCAGAUCUCAGCUUGCUGCAUUUGAUAAAGCAUGGUGUUCCUACCUGAAUUGCUUUGUGGUGUGGAAAGUGAAGGACGCACGAGCUCUAGAAGAGGAUUUGGUGAGAGCUGCUUGUCAUCUCGAAUUGUCUAUGCUCCAAACUUGCAAGUUGUCAGCUGGUGGAGAAGAUAAUGCUCUUACGCAUGAUAUGAAGGCCAUCCAGAAGCAGGUCUCUGAUGACAAGAAACUUUUAAGAGAAAAGGUUCAGAACCUCAGUGGAGAUGCUGGGAUUGAGCGUAUGGAAAGUGCUUUAUCUGAAACACGAUCUAAGUACUUUGAGUCUAUAGAAAAUGGAAGCCCUUUCAGUUCGCCAGUUGCACAGUUUAUAUCUUCACCUAUUUCCAACUCAGGUGGUCCUUAUGUUUCAAGAUCAGAUGUCAGGAGCAAUGAGGACAAGUAUAUUGAAAGGCCAGCUCGUGUAAUCCGCUCUUUAUUCAGGGAAGAUCAAAUGGUGGCUAAACCAAGUGAUUUACCUGAAUCUAGAAGAAGCAUUCCAGGAGGCCAGUUAGGGUCUGUUGGAGACUUGACCACUGAAAAUGAACUUUUGGUAAAUGAGUUCCUUCUCCAGCAACAUCCUUUUCCUGACAGUUUGGCCAUGAUUGAAGAAGAUCAAAAUAGCAUUCAGGUAAAGAUGAGAGAAACAAUGCAGAAGGCCUUCUGGGAUGGUGUCAUGGAAUCCUUGAAACAGGAAGAGCCCAACUACGAUUGGGUGGUUCAGCUUGUGAGAGAGGUCCACGAUGAACUUUGCAGUAUGGCUCCAGAGAGCUGGAAACAGCAGAUAACUGAAGCCUUUGACAUAGACUUUCUUUCCCAGGUACUCAAGUCGGGGAACAUGGAUAUGGACUACCUUGGGAGAAUUUUGGAGUUUACAUUAGUCACAUUGCAGAAGCUCUCGUCUCCUUCAAAAGAGGGCCAGCUGAAGGCUAGUUACGAGAGUUUAUUUGGAGAGUUAACUGAGAUAUGUCCUCAUACCGAAGAUAAAUCGAAGAAUCCAUGUGAGAUUGCCUUGAUUAGGGGUCUGCAAUUUGUCCUGGAACAGAUUCAGGUGCUCAAACAAGAGAUAAGCAAAGCUCGUAUAGGAAUUAUGAAGUCGAUUUUAUCCGGACCCCAUGGUUUUGAUUAUCUUAGAAAAGCUUUUGCCAACCGAUAUGGGGUUCCAUCUGAUGCCAACACCAAGCUUCCAAAAACAAUGCAAUGGCUGUCGUCUGUAUGGCAUUGCAAAAACCAGGAAUGGGAAGAACACAAAAACUUGUUAUCAUCAUUGUUUGUAGUUUCCGAGGGAUCAUUGCAGGGCUGUCUUCCAUCCACCUCUCUAAGAACCGGUGGAGGUAUUGUCCGGCCGGGGAAUUCAAGCCAACAGACUUAUAAUACUGCCAGAGAAACUACAGGCAAUGAACAACCGGAAUGUGGUGGAGGAGAAUUGGAUAUAGCUAUCAGGCUGGGACUUCUAAAGUUGGUUACUGGUGUGUCUGGUGUAACACAAGAAGUAAUUCCAGAAACGUUCAGUCUUAACCUUAGUCGGAUAAGGGCUGUUCAAGCUGAAGUUCAGAAACUAAUUGUCUCAACAACAAGCAUACUUGUUUGCCGGCAGAUCCUCCUGAGCCAGGGAAGUUCAACAAUGACCACUACAGACCUAGAAACCGCAGUCUCGAAUUGCGCUCAACAGCUUUCAAACAUGUUAGACCGAGACGAAAAUGCAGGAAGCGAAGAAAUUACCGAGGCAAUAGUUAAAUUCACAGGAGAUGGUGAUGCGGAGGUGCUUCAAUCAAGGAGGGUAGUCGUCAGUCGGAUGAUACAAAAAUUCUUGCAGGCAGGGGAUGCCGUGUUUGAAAAGGUGUCACGUGCCGUUUACUUGGGAGCGAGAGGAGUCAUUCUAGGUGGAAGCGGAAAGACUGGAAGAAGAUUAGCAGAAAUGGCUCUCCGGCAAGUCGGAGGUGCCGUGCUAACCGAAAGGAUGGUGAAAGCUGCCGAAGUUUUAGUACAGGUAGCCACUGUAUCAGUUAAGGUUCAUGAAGGAUGGUACGUUGAUUUGGUUAAUUUGAUUGAUUGUGAAAUAUGAAGGAAUGGGAUGGAGAGUAUAAAUAAGAAAAAUGUAAAGAAGAAACCACAUGUGUAUAUAAUAUAAAAUUAGUGUGUGAAAAGAAGAAAGAAUUGUGUAGUGGAUAGUGUUGUAGCAAGGUGUAAUUAAUUGAAUGUGUAAAUGUGACGUGGAAUUAAUAAUAAAAUUGUAUUUAUUA